AUGCAUGCGUUUAAGGGGCCUGCAGCCUUGGCAGUCCAAGCCACCAAGACCGGGCGUUUGUGGUUUUCCUUUCCGCCCUCGUUGGUCUACAAGUGGGAAUACCAGGAAGCCGUGAAAGCUUUGCCCUUGGAGCGCCUCCUCCUGGAGACCGACAGCCCAAGCCUUGCAGCUGCAGGGCCGAAGGCCCGAAACGAACCGGGUUUGAUUCGAGCUGCCGCAGAGAAGAUGGCAGAGCUCAAGGGUGUGACUCUUGAGGAGGUAGCUGCAGUGACCACGCAGAAUGCCGUUCACCUCUUCGGCAAAGCUUCGCCGGGUCUUCAGGCAUGCGCACUACCGGCGGCAUCCGACACUUCGAGUGGGAAAGCUUCACGCUGGCGCAGGGAUGUCAUGGUUCGGGAGGACCAGGUCCAAAUCUUGCCAGAUCAACCUGAACAUGGAUAUGUCCCGUGCGAUCUGUCGAGGCAGCGGUGGUCGCGCCGAAGUCGACAUGCAAAAGCUUGCACCAUGGACCCUACGCUCUGCUCCUCCGCCUUCGGCCCGCUGCAUUGUGAUUGA